UGAAACAGCUCCUGCUUGAGGUAAUGCUGUUGUUGCCGUUUCAACAUGAAAGUUUCUCAGAUUAAAGAAGUGAAGACUAGCAAUACUGGUGUUUUCAAGCAAUUGUUUUAAAGAGAUGCUGCCUAUCCGGACCGGUUCUGAGAAGAAUUUGAUGUAACACUAAUCCCAUCUGAACAUCAUCUGGCGCUUGCUAGUGUUGAACCUUCUCAAAGAUGAACUCGACUCAGCAGAUAUUCCUCUUGCAUGGGGGUCUUCUUAACAGCACGAUGGACUAUAAUGAGACCAGCCUGGCAAGCAACAGGAGUGUGCCUAGCUUUUGUGAGCAAGUUCUCAUCAAGGCAGAGAUCUUUCUGACACUGGGGAUCAUCAGUUUGCUGGAAAACAUCUUGGUCAUCCUCGCUAUCAUUAAGAACAAAAACCUGCAUUCUCCAAUGUAUAUUUUUGUUUGCAGCCUUGCAGCAGCCGAUAUGCUGGUGAGUGUCUCAAACUCCCUUGAGACAAUUGUGAUUGCCAUUCUGGACAACCACUACCUGAUUGUGGACGACAGAUUCAUCCAGCUCAUGGACAAUAUCUUUGACUCCAUGAUCUGCAUUUCACUGGUGGCAUCCAUUUGCAACUUGUUGAUUAUUGCAAUCGACAGGUACAUUACCAUUUUCUAUGCGCUGCGUUACCACAGCAUCAUGACUCUGAAGAAAGCCCUGAGCCUGAUUUGUGUCAUAUGGGUUGCUUGCAUUUUCUGUGGCAUCAUUUUCAUUGUGUAUUCCGAGAGCAAGACUGUGAUUGUUUGUCUCAUUAUCAUGUUCUUUACCAUGCUAGUCCUCAUGGCCACUCUCUAUGUGCAUAUGUUUAUGCUUGCCCGGCUGCACAUCAAAAAAAUCGCGGCACUGCCUGCUGAAGGUGCCGUGCAGCCCAGAACAUGCAUGAAAGGCGCCAUCACCAUUACUAUUCUCCUUGGUGUGUUCAUUUGCUGCUGGGCUCCUUUCUUUCUUCACCUCAUCCUUCUAAUCACAUGCCCCAGGAACCCUUACUGUGCUUGUUACAUGUCACACUUCACUACCUACUUGGCCCUGAUCAUGUGCAAUUCUGUCAUUGAUCCCAUUAUUUAUGCUUUUCGCAGUCUGGAAAUGCGCAAAACGUUCAAAGAGAUAAUAUGUUGCUAUGGAAUGAGCUUCUGCAUUCAUUGUAAAAAUUAGCUUCGACAAGCUACCCCCACUUACAAUUGCAACAAGACUGUGCCGUUUAAGCUAUGAUAUUCUGUAUUACACUGGUUCAGUUACUUCUGAAGCAAGCUUCAUUACAAGCAUAUGAUGGUUUAAUUUACAGGGACAUGACAGUCAUGCUUUCUUAUCUAAGUAUCUUUUAAGAGGAGUUUAUUAGCUUACUAACACAUGCUGCAAAUGUUAAUGGUUAGUUAAUAGUUUGAUAAUAAACAGCAACCUUUAUAAACCUUUAUAAAAGGCUUUUCCACCCCUAAAUACCACUAAGGAUUUAAUUUAAACCAUGGUACAUUUGUUCAGAGGUACUUGAACACAAUGCUAAUGUGAUAUUGUUUUGCUAUUGAGAAAUAGUUGAACAUGAAUGUACAUUGUUUAUUAAAAAUGCUAAUAGAUGAUUAUAUAUUAACUACAAUGUUUUGUCAAUAUGUUAGUAAGCUAGUUAUUAAACUAAAACAAGUCCCCCUUAGAACAAGGCAUAGCUGAAAUGAAUUUGAAUUUAAAUGGCACCAUCUUGCAAGGUAAAUGACAAACAUCAUAACCCUUUCAGUGAAGCUCAUCCAUCCUAGAUUGCAUUGGGCAAACACUGCUUGAUUUCUAAUAACAUUCACAUUUCAGUUAACUGGGGCACUUUCCAUACUGGGUUGUUUUUUUUUGCCUUUUAUGAAAAUAGUUAUAACUGUGAAAUGUCAACUAGCAAAGUGCUACAAACCAAUACAAAUAUGGGGUGUUGCAUUGGGAGAUCACUUUAAUAAUCUGUGUACACUUGUAAAAUUGGUUUGCUAUUUUUUUUUUCUUUCCAAGUUUAUACUAUGAUUUGCAAAAUUGCUAAAUGAAAGUUACAAUGUAUUUCACAGUGGCUCAUAAAGACCAGGGGGAAAAAAAGCAGUGGUUGAGAUCACAAGAUAAAUGAAUUUUUGAUCUCGACAUAAAUGCACAAUUUUGUUUCCCAUGCCCUGAAUAAGCCGCUGUCCGUGGAUCUCAAUCUAACUGAGCAUGUUUGGAAUGAACUUAAACAACACAUCUAUCAUCAUGCUCCUCUGCCUACCUCUCUGCACCAGCUGUGAACAAUAUCAAGGACUGAAUGGAUUAACAUCCAUAAAAACAGCUUGUGAAGGAUAUGACCUGGGAAAACAGUUAGCUAAGGAACCUACUAAAGCAGUAGUAUACAAAAUACAGUGGCCAAACGGUCCAUGACAGAAAGGUUUAGGUUAUGGUUUGUGAGAGACCACUUUGCUGUAUACUUCUUCUGGUCACAUUUUACACUGAUGAAGUGGCCAAGGUUUAUCUAGUGUCUUAAAAGUUUUACCUUGACCACAAUAUUUAAUCUGUAAAAGUAAUGUUUUUUGAUGAUUAUUAAUGUGGAAGAAUACUUUAUUACAAUAAUAUUUUAAUGACACAUUAACAGUUGAAAGAACUAGACACCUUUAUUUAUGUAUUUUUUUUAUUUUUUUACGCUACCUUAAAUUAAUUGACCAAAAAGAUUCUGUUGAAUGUACAGAUCAUUUCAAUAACUGUGGCAACAGUGGGGUAAUGCUUGGAAGAUGACAAUCAACGAUUUUGUAAACUGUAUUUGUUUCAACAUGUGAUAAACAGGGUCCUGUAACACCAGUAUUGAUGUGCUGUAUAGAAGUUUAUCUAUUUCGUAAUUCAUGCUUGUCAGAGUUGCAGCUUCAAA